CCCAUAUGGAGCCGCUCAAUGCCGAGCGGUUGCGGGGGACUGCCGAGUCGCGAAUUUGCGGCCGCGCGGCGAGUUGGCAACUUGGUAUCAGUGUUUAGGUAGACUCGGAAGGGGAAGGUGGUGUGGUAGUGCUCUGCGUUGUUUUAGCCAUGCGGCAAACGUUUUUACUUUUACUUUUUAUUACUCUUCCGAUAUCUGUGGUACUAUGGUUUGUCAACGCCUUCGUGUCGUCAACAAUAGGCGGAAGUGUCAUAGAGCCCUCUAGAUGGCUCAGUGCCACACUGCUGCCUGUGAUAGUGGCAUGGUGGGGUCUCAGGAAAAAGUCCCUGUCAUUUAGUGGUGCUGUGUGUGGUCUUGUUGUUGGUUUUCUAUUAACGCUGGGAAGUUAUGUCUUCUUCGUCAAUCUUCUUAUCUUUUUUGUGUCAUCGUCCAAAGCAACAAAAUACAAGUCUGCUAUGAAGAGAAAACUUGAAAAUGAUCAUAAAGAAGGUGGUGAAAGGAACUGGGUGCAGGUGAUGUGCAAUGGAGGUGUGGCCAGUCUCAUAGCUUGGUUCUAUAUUGUGGAUUGUGGGUGUGGUGAAAACCCAGUGGAUCUCAUCUAUAGCUACCGAUGUUCUUGGCUUAGUGUGGCAGUCUUAGGAGCUUUAUCUUGUUGCAAUGGAGAUACUUGGGCUUCAGAAUUUGGAGCAGUCCUGAGCUUCGGAGAUCCCCUGCUCAUCACCAACUUGCAGUCCGUUCCAAGAGGAACCAAUGGAGGAGUGAGCCUCAUUGGGCUGCUGGUGAGCAUUUUGGGAGGUUUGUUGGUAGGAAUUGGGCAUUACCUGACACUGUUGAUGCUGGUGUCCACUCCAGUGAUGAUUGCUGCCCCUCCUCAGUGGCCCAUUGUGUUGGUGGGUGCUGCAGGGGGCCUUCUUGGGAGUCUCAUUGAUUCUUUGCUGGGAGCUACAAUGCAGUAUUCAGGAAUCACCUCAGAGGGGAAGAUCGUGGAGCGUCCUGGAGAGAAUGUGAAGCAUAUCAGUGGCGCUCACAUCCUGGACAACCAUGCUGUUAAUCUUAUCAGUUCUCUGCUAACUGCUAUAUUUCUGCCAAGAGUUGCUCUCUUGAUAAUGUAGGUAGUAUUUUUAAGUCCCUUUUAGAUUUUCAUUUAAUAUAAUGGCAUUGUUAAUGGUGACCAAAAUUCACCACAGCCUUAGUGAUCACUUACGGUCUAAUUGAUAAUAUGUCAGACCUUUAGUGUUGACUUCAUUAGACCAUGAUCUCUGAUGGCCAAGCUAACCUGCCAUCAGUUAAGUUUCUCAGUGUUGGCACAUGAUGCUCUAAAGGGAGUAUGGUACAAUGACCCCUCAUGAUUACUAUGCAUGUCGUGAGUACAGUAUAUGUAGGUUUUGGUGACACUUGAUUCUUAUUUGUAUGUUUUUCUGUCAGGAAACAUGCAUUGUGGAACUUAAUGUGGGUAGAAAUAUUUUGUGAAUGCAUUGCUUAUUUAAGGUAGAUUGUCUCUUGAUUUAAAAGCUUGAAAUUCAAAUAACUUUUUAUCAGAAACUUACAUGAAAGGGACAUUUAUUUGGUGUUGAUAAGCAAAAUAAAUAUCAGUGAUGCAAAUUAAAGAGGA